GAAUAUUUAUAUCUUCUUCUCGUUCCUCUUCUUGUUGAGUGAUUCCUGACUUGAUACACCGAGGGGAUAUCCCGGUGAAUUUUUUCCGUCCCUCCGGUUGCCGCUCGGCAGAACAAGCUAGAUUUACAGUGCUCUCCAUAUACUUUGUAACAUUUCCAUUCCCAUUCCCUCGCGUUCAAGGCCUGCGAAACUUUUUCUCUUAACUCUCUCCACUCUACAAUUUGUAUAUUUUGGAUUAUUUCCAUACCUUGGUUCCGCCUUCUUUCACCCCAUCAAUUCAAAAUGGCACCAAUUGGCGAUGAUGCCUCGCAGACCCUCCAUGACUUGGUCAACAAACUCGAGUCGAGGGUCAAGGAGCUCGAAGACAAGCUUGCGCAUGCAGCUGGCGGCCCAGCACCAGCUGCUUCUGAGAGCGUUAGAAUGAUUCUUAUGGGUCCUCCAGGUGCCGGCAAGGGAACUCAAGCUCCUAAGAUCAAGGAGAAAUUCUCAUGCUGUCAUUUGGCUACUGGAGAUAUGUUGCGAUCACAAGUUGCGAAGAAGACACCAUUGGGCCGGGAAGCUAAGAAGAUCAUGGAUCAAGGUGGUCUCGUCAGCGAUGAAAUUGUUAUUGGCAUGAUCAAGGCCGAACUUGAGGGCAACUCGGAGUGCAAGGGAGGAUUCAUUCUUGAUGGUUUCCCACGUACAGUCGUGCAAGCAGAGCGCUUGGACGCCAUGCUUGCAGAGCGCAACCAAAAGCUACAACACGCCGUUGAACUUCAAAUUGACGAUAGUCUUCUUGUAUCCCGCAUUACUGGACGUUUGGUGCACCCAGCCUCAGGCCGAUCGUAUCACAGAGUGUUCAACCCACCUAAGGCAGACAUGAAGGACGAUAUCACUGGUGAACCAUUGGUCUCAAGAUCCGACGACAACGCCGACGCUUUAAAGAAGAGACUUGUUACCUACCACGCUCAAACUGCCCCUGUCGUUGGUUAUUACCAAAAGACCGGCAUCUGGAGUGGAAUUGACGCUUCACAAGAGCCUGGCGCCGUUUGGAAGUCACUCUUGGGUGUAUUCGACAAACAAAAGGGUGCUAACGGUUCGAUACUUAGCAAAAUUACCGGUCGCUCUUAGAAAGACAUAGGAAUAAAGGUGAUAAGUUAGCUUUGCAUAGAGUUCUAAAAAAGUUGUAAUUGCAUUUAAGUUAGUAGGCAUAAUUGCAAUCUUUCUUGAAGGAAGGCGUUUGUACAACCAAAGACAUGCAAUGGGGGCCAUGCCAAUUUAGAGGCUCUGUGUAUUAUAUGCACUGCGUUUUCUCGCACUUUAAGUUUAUUAGAAAGUGCUCAAAUUGAAUGAAGUCAAUGAACAAUCUUCCACAGAAAUAAAGUCAAAAUCUUCUCACA